AUGUUUGGAAAUAAUAUUACCUAUGUGGAAGUAAAUACGAAAGAGGAUGACCCACAACUAAACAAUGCCCCCGACCCAGACGAGUUUAUGGGAAACAAUUUUUGGAACCAACUUAUAGCAUCAAACCUUCCCAAUCCAAAUACAUUCAAUAAUAAUAGAGCGUCACUCAAUAAUAAUACUGAUGGAAUAUCAUUAUUAUUGACAUACAGCAGGUUUCAAACCAACGUAAUGGAGACUACAAGGGAAUUACAUGAUCUGACAAGUAAGAUUGAAUUAAUACAAAAAGACCCACCAGUUCUAGAAGAUGUUAAUUUAUUAUUACCCCCUUUGAUGGCAUCCCUUAUGGAGAGUAGAGAGAGAGCCAAGAGACUUUAUAGGUCCACUUUAAGUAACUACAUAGAAAGUAGUGAAUCUGAUAUAGAUCGUAUCAUCAACGAAUUAGAGAAAGAACUAUUCAGAACUGAUGAGCUGUUGGCGUUACAUCCUAGAAGAGGCACAUUCUAUUAA